AUGGCAAAGGUCAGCGGAAUCAGCGACAAAGUCGCCGUCGACGCGCUUAGGAAGGCGCUCUGGUACAAGUCAAAGUUCAGAAAGUGGAUAACGCUCGAAAAACCUCGCACAAUCCAGGACGCCCUCCACAAAGCCUCGGAUUACAUAAUGAUCGAAGAAGAGACGAAAGUCCUGUCGCAAAAACAUAAGCCGACAAGGAACUCUUCGAAAGACGUGGAUCCAAAAUCGAAGAAGAAAACCUCUCGUAUCGACAAGACUUCGGGAAAUACAUGGAACCGUUACCAGAGUUACGACAAAAAAGUAUACUGCGAGUUCCAUCAGACCGAAGGUCACUCCACGGCUAACUGCAAAGUCGUAAGGGCAGGGCUGGCCGCGAAGCUGCUUGCUGGAGAACUCUCUGGACUCCGACCUUCCGCCAAAAACGAACAAGAAUCCUCCCGCGGAAAACUCGUCGCCGAGAAAUCAGGCUGGGGAAAAACGCGAGAGAAGACCGGACGAUGGGGGAAUGAGAACUCCCGCAGGAGGGUGAACAUGAUCAUGGGAGGAUCCCAAUACUGCAAGGAUUCGGUCUCGGCCAUCAAAGCAUACCAACGGAAAGCCGAGUCAACUGCGAAGUAUCCCCCACGGUCUCCUCCUCAAGACGGGCAAAACGCCUCGAUCACGUUCACGGAAGAAGAGGCUUGCAGAAUCGACCAACCUCACUGCGACCCCCUGGUCGUUGAUCUCAUAAUAAGAGAUCUCGCAGUCGCGAGAAUACUUAUCGACACCGGAAGCACGGUAAACCUAAUCUUCCGCGAUACCCUAAGAAGAAUGGGCGUCAAGCUCGGAGAAGUCACCCCAGUACCAAAACCGCUCACGGGCUUCAUUCAACUACCCGUCAUAGCAAAAAACGUCACCAAGAUAGUUGACUUCGCGGUGGUAGAUAGCCCGGCUAUUUACAACGCGAUCAUGGGAACUCCAUGGCUAAACGCCAUGAAGGCCGUUCUCUCGACUUAUCACUUGGGCGUCAAAUUCCCAACCAGGACUGUUGUCGCCGCAAUCUGGGGUUGUCAAAAACAGUCGCGACUUUGUUUCCUAGCUGAACAUAAGUUAAGGCAGAUCACGACGACCUCCACGGUUAAAAGCAAGCGAACCCAGUCUUCCGCAGAAGAUACCCCGACAAAGGGCACAACGACGUCUCCUGCGGAAGUAGAUUCGGAGAUGGGAACCGUCCCCGAUUCCAAGGACAACGUCACGACUCAGCAGGAAGAUGAAAAUCCCGAGGGAAACGUUGACCCCGCGACUAAAGCAGUCGACAAAAAACCAACCGACGAGUAA